AUGCUGCCCCAGGACUGGGGAGGCGUUGAGCAGGAGUCUGUAAUCGGACGUCAGCCAACAGGAAGCGGUCGAGAUGGAGUGGUUCAGAGUGUGGCCAUGUUGUCCACUGAGGAGUCCCCCCGCACCGCUGACCACGUCACAGUGAAAAUGGACGCGCGAGAUGAAGACCUGUCGAACUGGACAGAGGCAGAGUUUGAGGAGAAGUGCACCUACAUCGUGAAGGACCAUCCAUGGGAGGGGGGCAAUCUGACACAGGCGAAGGCGUCUCUGCCCCGGAACCUUCUCUUCAUAUAUGCUCCCAGUUCAACAGAGGUGAUUGGAGUUGCCAGCAGAGACUACAUUCCAAAGGGGACCCGGUUCGGCCCUCUGGUGGGCGAGAGGUACACUGCAGAGACUGUGCCCAAGGAUGCCAGCAGGAAGUAUUUCUGGAGGAUCUACUCGGAGGGUGAGUUCCACCACUUCUUGGACGGGCUCAACGAGGAUAAGAGCAACUGGAUGCGCUACGUGAACCCGGCCCGCUCCAAACGAGAUCAGAACCUGGCAGCCUGCCAGAACGGCAUGAGCAUAUUCUUCUACACUGUGAGGCCCGUUCCCCCGGAGCAGGAGCUGCUCGUGUGGUACUGCUCUGAGUUCACCCAGCGUCUGCACUGCUCUUCCUGUGACGGAGUCACCAUGGACAGACUCGAGCAAAGUCAGAUGGAUGUGAAGCAGCAGACUACUGAAACCAUCUACACCCAGGAAAAGAGUCUAGGAAAGAGAGAGUUCAGAGAGCACAGCAUCUCUGAGAUCCUCAAGGGAACCUGCAAAGAGCCCAGCAGGUCCCAGACCAUAUGUCCGCAAAGUCUGGACAGCCCCUUGUCUGUUAAGCGCAGCCAAGAGCCCAACUUCUUCCCACGUGUGGUCUACCCACUGCACCCCCUUGCUAACCACAGCUACUGGAGGGCUAGCUCCAACUCCUCCACCCUUUCACUCAGCUCACCCAUUUCUGGCAGCAGUCCAGGCUGCAGCCCCAGCCUCCCCUCCUCUCCAACGCCUGCCCUCCAGGAACACAAGCACAGCAUACCGGACUCCUCUGAUUUAUACAAGCAGGGUUUGGGACACUACCUCUGUCGCACGCCUACUAAUCGUCUAUAUCCCAGCCCAGUUUACCCAGGUUAUGUUUUACCUCACUACCCAAAGGGCUUCAAGAAUGUCUUCCCCCACAUGUACACCCUCUACAACAACAUGCAGCCCCCCCACCUGUCAUGCACACCAGACAUGCUGCCAUCUGAGGGAGGUCAGGGUUUCCUGUUCCCCCCCACAAGCCUGUACAAAGACUUCCUGCUCCCGCCCACUAAUACCUGCAAGGACUUCCGGCUCUCAGGACCCACCAGUGCUUUCUCUUCCGCCACCACCCCAGAUGAUAAGCCUCCCCACAACCCCGACAGCAGGUCUCCCACUGCCAGCUCUGCUGUUUCUGCCAACCCCGUGCCCACCAAACGCACCUCCGCCCUGCCAACUGCCAGCAGCAGAAGCGAUGCCCUCACCAUCAGCAAAAUGAAGCGCGGCUACAAGACGCUGCCCUACCCACUCAAGAAGCAGAACGGCAAGAUCAAGUAUGAGUGCAACAACUGCGGCAAGACCUUUAGCCAGCUCUCCAACUUAAAGGUACACCUUCGUGUCCACAGCGGGGAAAGACCCUUCAAGUGUCAGACCUGUAGCAAGGGCUUCACUCAGCUGGCUCACCUGCAGAAACACUUCCUGGUCCACACUGGAGAGAAACCACACGAAUGCCAGGUAUGUCACAAGCGCUUCAGUAGCACAAGUAACCUGAAGACUCACCUGCGUCUGCACUCGGGCGAGAAGCCCUACCGGUGCAAGCUGUGCCCGGCCAAGUUCACUCAGUUCAUCCACCUAAAGCUGCACAAGCGUCAACACGCGCGCGUCCACCCACACGAGUGCCCGCACUGCCGCCGGAGCUACAUCCACCUGUGCAGCCUCAGGUUCCACAUGAAGGGCUACUGCCCGGCCGCUCCCCCUUCCUCUCCUGCCAGACUCUCCCUGGACGAGAUGAGCCGCAUCAACGAGAAGAUUGAGCAGUUAGACCUCAGCGACAGCACCGAUUGGCUGGAGGAGGCGAACCACGCCAACGUGAGCUCUUUGGUAGAGAUGCAGAUCCACAGCAUGAUGUGGAAAGAAAAGGACCUCAGAGCCUGCUCCAGCGAAAAUGGCAGUAAAAGGUUGCACUCCUCUGGCCAUGAAGCCUCGGUCAUCAAGCUAUGCCACAGGAGCCCUCUACCUCUUCUCCCCAUUGAGUUCAAGCAGCAACCCCUCAAACUCAUGGACCAUUAAUCACCACCUCCUCCACACUCCUGU